AUGGCACUGGCAGUGACAGUGGCCCUGGCGCUGCUGGCUGCCCUGGCCCCAGGGCAGGACGCGCUGCUGAACGUCUGCCUGGAUGCCAAGCACCACAAACGGGAGCCGGGCCCCGAGGGGCGGCUCUACGGGCAGUGCUCCCCCUGGAAGGACAACGCCUGCUGCACGGCCAACACCAGCGCCGAGGCCCACAGGGACCGGUCCCUGCUCUACAACUUCAACUGGAGGCACUGCGGGGCCAUGCCGGCCAAGUGCCAGCGCCACUUCAUCCAGGACAGCUGCCUGUACGAGUGCUCCCCCAACCUGGGGCCCUGGAUCGAGCAGGUGGGCAGCAGCUGGCGGAGGGAGAGGAUCCGGAACGUGCCCCUGUGCAGGGAGGACUGCGAGCGGUGGUGGCAGGACUGCGGGGGCGCCAGGACCUGCAAGGAGAACUGGCACCAGGGCUGGAACUGGGCCACGGGCACCAACCGCUGCCCCUGGGGCUCCAUGUGCAGACCCUUCUGGCAGGUGUUCCCCCGGCCCCAGGACCUGUGCGAGAAGAUCUGGUCCGGCUCCUUCAGCUACAGCCCCGAGCGCCGCGGCAGCGGCCGCUGCAUCCAGAUGUGGUUCGACCCCGCCCGGGGCAACCCCAACGCGGCUGUGGCGCGGUUCUACGCGGGGAGAAAGAGAGACCCCCCUGCCCGGGGGGAGGACGGGGCUCCCGGCUCAAACACAGCCCCCCCUGCCCGGGGCUCCCACCCCGGCAGUGGCCAAGCCCUGCGUGCUGGCCCGUGCUGA